CUUCCUGAGAGGCCCUGCGCGCUUUCCGCGCCAGCUUCAGCGUCAACCCGCGAGCCCUUGCGUCGCGUAGAAGCGAGGAUGGAGAGCGGCGACGAGGCGGCCAUCGAGAGGCACCGCGUCCACUUGCGCUCCGCCACGCUGCGGGACGCCGCGCCUGUCACACUGCACCUGCUGCCCUGCGAGGUCGCGGUGGACGGGCCCGCCCCGGUGGGGCGCUUCUUCACGCCCGCCAUCCGCCAGGGCCCCGAGGGUGAGCAUCGCGGCCGGACUACAGCUCCCGGCAGCCGGCGCGCUGGCCCGCGCGCCCCUCAUCUCCUGGGCUCCAGUGGGGUUGUGGUGCGUCCGGAAGUGGCGGGAGGGCGGCUCCGGGCUCGCCCCGCAGGGCUCAGGUCCUGGGCCCAGCGUGGGUCCUGCCUGAGGCUCUUUGCGCCUCCCGCUCCAGGACUCGAAGUGUCAUUUCGGGGCCGCUGUCUACGGGGCGAGGAGGUGGCGGUGCCGCCUGGCCUCGUGGGAUACGUGAUGGUGACGGAAGAGAAGGAAGUGUCCAUGGGGAAGCCAGACCCCUUGCGGGAUUCCGGGACUGACGACGAAGAGGAGUCGCCGCUGGAACGGGACUUUGACCGCUUCAUUGGAGCCACUGCCAGCUUCAGCCACUUCACCCUGUGGGGUCUGGAGACCAUCCCUGGCCCGGAUGCCAAAGUGCGUGGGGCCCUAACUUGGCCCAGUCUUGCGGCAGCGCCAGAAUGAUCUGUGCCUUUCACAAAAACCAUCUCUGUGCAUCCAUGCCGCCUCCUCAGCACCACUGCAAGAAACUGCCUCAGCCACUGUCAUCCACCAAGGCUCCAAAGUAACCCUCUGUGAAGCUUUGCCAACCACCUCCUUUGGGUCCUCCUAACCCACCCUCUCUUUCAUGACACUUAAGACACUGGGAGCUAAGAGGUCAUUGGUAUGUCUGUCUCUCCCAUGGACUAAGCUCUCAGAGAACAGAGACUGUCUCAUUCCUGGCUACCAGCACCUGCCAGACAGCAGGAACUCAAUAAAAAUGGGGUGAACUGAUCUGCUGGCU